AUGAUCCAGAACGCAUUGAUUGAUAAAUAUGAACAUAAGAAAAGCGCACAACUUUCCAAAGGUAGAUGUCGUUGUCUUUCGCGUCAUAAGAUUCUCACAAACGCUAAACUGGCACCGACCAACCAUGUUUUUGAGUCGCGAAAAUGUCUUGUUAAACUGGCGAAAACAUCGAGAGCAUUCUCAUCACAAUCGCCGGAAUUAUAUGAUUUUAAUCAAUGGCCAAUUGACGAGAAGUUGUUAGCAAUAUUAAAGCAAGAUUCAUUAGAUUCUGAUACUGUUAAACAGAUACGCACAACCGGUGUAUAUACGUUUCCUUUGUUACCAACGGCAUUUUGUCAACGAUUAGUCAAUGAACUAGCAUACUUCGAACAAUGGUGUGUCGAUAAUGGAUUGAAGCUAUAUCGGCCAAAUUCUAUGAACAAGUACGGCGUAAUUCUCGAUCAUUUUGGGUUUGAGAAAUGUUUAACUGAUCUUAUGACCAAUAUUGUACAACCAUUGACACAACUGUUUUAUAAACAUAUCACGCUCCCUCUUGAUUCUCAUCAUGGUUUCGCCGUCGAAUAUGCCAUGAACAAAGAUCGUAAACUUGACUUUCAUGUUGAUGAUUCCGCCGUUACUCUAAAUGUUUGUCUUGGAGAGGAAUUUACCGAUGGUGAAUUGUAUUUCGGAGGUGUACGUUGUUCGUCGCAUGUCUCUACGUCUGCACCGAAGAAAGAGGAAGAAUUCUUUUUCGAACAUCAGAUUGGCACAGCUUGUCUCCAUCUUGGUAAUCAUCGACAUAGAGCUUUGCCGAUAACUAGUGGACGAAGACUUAACCUUAUUCUUUGGUGUCGAUCAUCAAGUUUUGAUAAUGAAAAAGACAAUGACGAUCAUGAUGAAUGUCCUGCCUGGUGUGGAAUUCAUUUAAAAGAAGCAGAAAACAAUUAA